UAUAUAUAGGAUGGUACGGCUGCGCGUCGCCCAGUCGCUCGUGAAAGCUUCAUGCUAUUGCACGUUUACACUGUGAGAGAUAAAUUCGACAUUAUCCAUAUCUUGAUCUGAACCAUUAUAAAGGACAGUGAUAAAGGACACGUGUUGUGACUAUUCCCUUUCAAGUGUCAGUUGUUUACCAGCUGUUUGCAGCUCCUGUCUCCGGUGGGUUUUCAAACGCGCAGAUAAUAAGGCAAUCAGUUACAAUUAUGAGGGACGAACGCCCGAGCCUACCGCGUGUGCGUAUAGCCGUCAUCGGCAGUUCAAGAGUUGGCAAGUCCGCACUGAUUGUUCGUUACCUUACAAGGAGAUACAUCGGAGAAUAUCACUCCAAUACAGAUCUGCUGUACAGACAAACGGUACCUAUAAAUGGCACACCAGUAGAAUUAGAAGUAAUUGACGUCUCCGGCAAUUCCGACAAAUUUCCAUCUGAACAGAUUCAAUGGGCAGAUGCCUGCUUAUUAGUAUACGCAGUAACAGACCGUAAUAGUUUCGAAUAUGCAACACAAGUAUUGGAGGCGCUGAAGAGAAACCCCACCAACGGCAGUCCGGCACAUACACCUGCCAAUACACCAGCAAAUAUGCCCCUCGCUUUGUUGGGCAACAAAACGGACUUAGAUCACUUACGGCAGGUAUCAACAAAAGAAGGUCAGACGGUAAGCGCAGCACAUGGAGCCUCCUUCAGUGAAGCCAGUGUUGCGGACAACUCCGGCGAUCUCUACCGUUGCGUCGAUCGUCUUCUCGCAGAGGUGCGGACACCACAGCGCACACGCAAAUUCUCUGUUACAAAAAUGCUCGGCUCACUUAUAGGUGGUGCGGGUAACAAUAAUUUGGGAAACCGUAGCGGUUCAGUGGUGGCGUGCCCGCGCGUGCCCACGCCAACGCGGCCGCCGCUGGCCGCCGCCGCGCCCUGA